GGCUGUCUCCCUUGGUUCCUGGGGCUCCCGAGGGGCUCCCGGUCCGGCUCCUGUCGCUGGAAGCCCCCAUGCGCCAGGGCUCCGGGCGAGGCGGGCAGGCCUGAGUCUUGCCUCACCACAGAGGCAGCAGGCAGAGGGGAGGGACUUGGAGGAGGAGCUCCACCCUCGGGCAGUUCCCAGCCCAUGAAACAGAGUAGCAGUCAGCAGCCGCUCUCAGAUGGGAGCCGCUCUCGGAGGCAGCAGGGACCCCGCGGGAGCCCGGGACUGAGCCCGCAGCCCCUCACUGGCUCGGACAUCUGGGCAGGAAGGCACCGGCCUGCACCCAGGCACCCCAAAACUUCCCGCCAGCUCUCUUCUUAAAGAGCCUCUCUCUACGCUCACUCACCUGCCGGCUCCUGGAGUUUCCCAGAACCCGCUUCAAGAUGCUCAGGUUGUGGGUGCUGGUCCCUCUGCCUCACAGACCGAAGUGAAGUGGACUUUCCAGGCCUCUUCUCCCACGCCCGCCCACCAAGGGAAAGCUUUCCUUGGUAUCUCCUCCCCUCCUCCCCCCUCCUCCCCCUACCUGGGGGUCCUCCUUGGGCUCUAGCAUGUUGAUUUUCCUUUGGAUCUCAAGCCCCAUGCCCCAGGACUUCUGAGUCGAUGUCAGCCAUGCGGCUGUUCACGUGUGUCCUGCAGCUCUUGGCUGGUCUGUCCCUGCCCGCUGCAUCUCCCCAGCAGUGGGACACACCUCCUGAGAACAGCACAGCAGAAGUAGAAGUGUUGCCCUUCCAGGAGGUGUGGGGCCGAAGUUUCUGCCGCUCACUGGAGAAGCUGGUGGAUGUUUCCACAGAGUACCCAGGAGAAGUGGAGCACAUGUUCAGUCCGUCGUGUGUCUCACUGAAGCGAUGCACUGGCUGCUGUGGGGAUGAGAAUCUCCAUUGUGUUCCUGUGGAGACAACCAAUGUCACUAUGCAGCUUCUGAAGAUCAAGUCUGGGGAACAGCCAUCCUACAUGGAAUUAGCAUUCACUGAGCAUGUGCAGUGUGAGUGCAGGCCUCGGAAAGAGAAGAUGAAACCAGAAAGGAGGAGAUUCAAGGGUAGAGGGAAGCGGAAGAGAGACAAGCAAAGAACCAAAGACUGUCAUCAGUGUGAAGAUGCUGUUCCCCAAAGGUAACCCAGUGGACGCUGGAGAGAGCAGCCUCUGCUCAGCUUAUAUUUAUUGUCCUUUUCACAAUCUCAAUUACCUCCCCAACCACAGCCCCUCUAUUUAUUAGCCAAAUGUAACCCCUGCUGAAUGUCUACUUCUCCCUCGACGGGGAGACUGACCCUCAGGACUUUGGUGCCUUAAGAAGAAAAAGAGGAAACCUACAAGAGGAUCCAGAGUCGAAAUCAUGUGGAAUGUACCUAACACUAAACACUUAACUAUGACUCAGGAGAGUGGAGGGGAGGCAGGGUUUUCCUCCUCAUCCCAGGAACCUGGGACGCAGAGGGGAGGAAGCAGUGCAUGAAUUCUCUCCCUCUCCCAUUCUUGCUUCGGAAUGAAACAGGGACUUCUGGGCCCUCCAAGGGGAACGUAUAUAUCCCUUGUCUGAGGUCUGAGUAAUGUUCUUUUGAUGGAAAGGAAACAGCCACUUAUGACCCAUGUGGAAAGAGUAAGCUAGGGAAGUUUAGCCUAGCCUGUUCUUCACAAUGGAAGAGAGUUAGGUGAAAAAAAAAACCUGGGAAGUGGAACCUGAACAGGGGUGUCUGGGAGAGGACGGUCACCUUUGCUUAGUAGAAGAAGAGAAAAUGAUGGCUAAGGUCUCAGGAGAAAAUUUGCUGGAGCAAUUAAGACUUUUCUUAGCAAAUGCCCUCCCACCCUGGCAGCCAUGCAGAAUCUCAGAGGGCCAAACCUGGCACAGUUGUGAAGAAUGGUGGAUACCAUGGUGUGGAGGAGACCUCCUCUAGUCUCCUAUUUCUCCCAGGACCUUGCAACCCUUUCCCACAACUUGACUGCAGGAAUUUAUCUCCUGGCUUGGGAUGCUAAUCCCAAAGAAUCAUCCAGUGCCACUUCGACCCACUGGAAGUACCAAUGAGUACAAAUGCCAAAAGGAUGUAGGCAGACAGCCCUUAGCCCUGGGCAUGAUGGUUAAGGUAUAGGAAAAAUACCUGAAGACGCCAAGGAAGAUCCCUCUACUCUGUUGCCAUGUUCUCUGAACAAGGCAUCCAGCCCAUUGAGGAGCACUGUUGUACACCCAGGUCUUCUGUGAAAUGGGUUCAUUAGGUUCCUUUUCGAGGAGGCUGGGAACUUUCUAAAAGGGUAACACCAGUACUUCCUGACCACCAUGUUCAGUAGGCACAGGGAAACCAAAGAAAAGUCAGAUUCUCUUAAAUAAAGUAUUUUAAUCCUUUUUUUUUUUUUUUUGCCUGGGAAAAUGUAAUUGCUUGCCAGGAAAGUAUGAUCUCCUUAGUUAAGACUGGACAAAAGCCUAUGAAUCUGGAUUAAAAGGGCAUGCAAUACUAUCCCCAUUUGAAAGCUGAGAAACAGAAGCACAGGAUAAAGUAACAUUCAUCCAGCUGGAGACAGAAUGCUGAUUCUUAUUUAUUUAUUUUUUUUAUCUAUGAUGGACCUGUCUCCUCAUACAGGUAACUCAUAAAAGCAGAGGUUAUUAACUAGGUUCCACAAAUAGAUUUAAAGGAAUUCAAAAGUUGGACAGAAAAAGUUAUAUCUUUAUUUUCACGAAUCUCUAACUGAAAUUUAGCAAUUCCUUCAAUUAUGAAUGUAAGCAAAAAACAAAGUCUUUGCCUUUACCAAAUUAAAACAAGGCUCUCUAGAA